GGGCGGGAGGUGCACCAGCGGCGGCGGCGGCGGUAAAUCCUCCCGGCCGCUCACAGCACUGUGGAGCCGCGUCCCCAGCCCGGCCUCGGACCGCGCGCCCCUCCUGCCCCUCGCGGCUUCUCGCGCGCCCGCCCCUCCCCGCGCGCCGGCCCUGCCGAGCCGGCCGGCCGGCCUGGCUCCCCUCCCCGGCCCCGACGGGCGGGUGGCUGCCCUGAGGAGGCGGGGAGGGGAGGGCUGGGCCGGCCGGCAGGCGGGCGACGAUGCCGAACUUCUGCGCUGCCCCCAACUGCACGCGGAAGAGCACGCAGUCCGACCUGGCCUUCUUCAGGUUCCCGCGGGAUCCGGCCAGAUGCCAGAAGUGGGUAGAGAAUUGUAGGAGAGCUGACUUGGAAGAUAAAACACCUGAUCAACUAAAUAAACAUUAUCGAUUAUGUGCCAAACACUUCGAGACCUCUAUGAUCUGUAGAACUAGUCCUUAUAGGACAGUACUUCGAGAUAAUGCAAUACCAACAAUAUUUGAUCUUACCAGUCAUUUGAACAAUCCACAUAGUAGACACAGAAAACGAAUAAAAGAAUUGAGUGAAGAUGAAAUCAGGACACUGAAACAGAAAAAAAUUGAUGAAACUUCUGAACAGGAACAAAAACAUAAAGAAACAAACAAUAGCAAUGCUCAGAACCCCAGUGCAGAAGAAGGGGGUGAUGAACAGGAUGAAGAUAUUUUGCCUUUAACCCUUGAAGAGAAGGAAAACAAAGAAUACUUAAAAUCUUUAUUUGAAAUUUUGAUUCUUAUGGGAAAACAAAAUAUACCUCUGGACGGGCAUGAGGCUGAUGAAAUCCCAGAAGGUCUCUUCACUCCUGAUAACUUUCAGGCCCUGUUGGAGUGCCGGAUAAAUUCUGGUGAAGAGGUCCUGAGAAAACGCUUUGAGACCACAGCAGUUAACACAUUGUUCUGUUCAAAAACACAACAGAAACAGAUGCUGGAGAUCUGUGAGAGUUGCAUCCGGGAAGAAACCCUCAGGGAAGUGAGAGACUCGCACUUCUUUUCCAUUAUCACUGAUGAUGUGGUGGACAUAGCAGGGGAAGAGCACCUUCCCGUGUUGGUGAGGUUUGUAGAUGAGUCUCAUAACUUGAGAGAGGAAUUUGUGGGCUUCCUGCCUUAUGAAGCUGAUGCAGAAAUUUUGGCUGUGAAAUUUCACACUACCAUAACUGAGAAGUGGGGACUAAAUAUGGAGUAUUGUCGUGGCCAGGCUUACAUUGUGUCUAGCGGAUUCUCUUCCAAAAUGAAAGUUGUUGCUUCUAGACUUUUAGAGAAAUACCCUCAAGCUAUCUACACACUCUGCUCUUCCUGUGCCUUAAACAUGUGGUUGGCAAAAUCAGUGCCUGUGAUGGGGGUGUCUGUUGCAUUAGGAACAAUUGAAGAAGUUUGUUCUUUUUUCCAUCGAUCACCACAACUGCUAUUAGAACUUGACAAUGUAAUUUCUGUUCUUUUUCAAAACAGUGAAGAAAGGGGUAAAGAACUGAAGGAAAUUUGCCAUUCUCAGUGGACAGGUAGGCAUGAUGCUUUUGAAAUUUUGGUGGAUCUCCUGCAAGCACUUGUUUUAUGUUUAGAUGGUAUAAAUAGUGACACAAAUAUUAGAUGGAAUAAUUGUAUAACUGGUCGAGCAUUUGUACUCUGUAGUGCAGUAACAGAUUUUGAUUUCAUUGUUACCAUUGUUGUUCUUAAAAAUGUCUUAUCUUUUACAAGAGCCUUUGGGAAAAAUCUCCAGGGACAAACUUCUGAUGUCUUCUUUGCUGCCAGUAGCUUAACUGCAGUACUACAUUCACUCAAUGAAGUAAUGGAAAAUAUUGAAGUUUAUCAUGAGUUUUGGUUUGAGGAAGCAACAAAUUUGGCAACCAAACUUGAUAUUCAGAUGAAACUCCCUGGGAAAUUUCGUAGGGCUCAGCAGGGUAACCUGGAAUCUCAGCUAACCUCUGAAAGUUACUAUAAAGAAACCCUAAGUGUUCCAACAGUGGAGCACAUCAUUCAGGAACUUAAAGAUAUAUUUUCAGAACAGCACCUCAAAGCUCUUAAAUGCUUAUCUCUGGUACCGUCAGUCAUGGGACAGCUCAAAUUUAAUACAUCAGAGGAGCACCAUGCUGACAUGUACAGAAGUGACUUGCCUAAUCCCGACACGCUUUCAGCUGAGCUACACUGUUGGAGAAUCAAAUGGAAACAUCGAGGGAAAGAUAUAGAGCUUCCAUCCACCAUUUAUGAAGCCCUUCAUUUGCCUGAUAUCAAGUUUUUUCCUAAUGUAUAUGCUUUGCUGAAGGUCCUGUGUAUUCUUCCUGUAAUGAAGGUUGAGAAUGAACGCUAUGAAAAUGGACGAAAGCGUCUUAAAGCAUACUUGAGGAACACUUUGACAGACCAAAGGUCAAGUAACUUGGCUUUGCUUAACAUAAAUUUUGAUAUAAAACAUGAUCUGGAUUUAAUGGUAGACACAUAUAUCAAACUAUAUACAACUAAGUCAGAGCUUCCUACAGAUAAUUCAGAAACUGUUGAAAAUACCUAAAAGACUUUUUAAAUGGGCUUUCUCUUAUAUUUGAUAUUUGGAAGAAAAGCCGUAAGGUAUAUGUAGGUCACUUAUCACUGAAUAUCUUUGCCUACAGGCCUCAUGAAUACAUUAGCCAUUGGUAAUCUGCCUAUGUACAUGGCACCUGUUUGAGCUCUCGUGCUUUGAAAAAUUGUCUGUUCUUCCAGAAGACUGCAUUGGAAGUACCACAUUUCACCUCUGCGUGACCUCUGCUAGUAGCACUCUGAAAUUGUUUUAGUUAAGUCUUUUAGGUUAUAAAAUGUAUUAUUACCAUGGAUCCACUUGUCAGGUAUUAUUAUCAAUUUUGAAGAAAUAAAUUUUGAGGAGGUAUAAGAAAAGAAUGCAUCUUAUGAAAUGUUACAAUGAAGCCUACUGUUGACCUUUGACUAUUAGGAGUUUUAAGUGUGUUAAAAUCUGUAAUGGACAAUUAAGGGAAUUAACCAGAGUUGUGAGCUUACCAAACAGAUUUCAGUAUAGAUUUUGCCUUUAUCAAACGAACUUAAAGAACAAGUUACAGUUAAAAUUUGAGUGGAAGAGCUUGCCGUGGUUGUUCCACAACUGGUUGUUGCUGUUUACAUUCCUUUGUUGAGCCUACGUCUUCAUAAGCCUACACUUUCAUUUUAGCAAGUAAAUGGUGAACACUUCUGCUUCACGGUCAAGACAGAAUCAGAGGCUGUUGAUAUGGGCAACUUGUCUGUUUUCUUUUUCCAUGACUAUAUCUACUGCCUCGUCUUGAUUUAUAAGCAAAACCUGGAAAACCUACAAAAUAAAUGUUUCACAGUUUAUCUAGAAAUAAUACAGAAUAUAUUGCUGUUAUUUUUGGUGAAGAAAAUCAAUUUUGUAUAGUUUAUUUCAAUCUAAAUAAAAUGUGAAUUUUGUUUAAAGUUCAGGUA